AUGGCAACCAGAAAAGUAGCACUGACUCUAUUCUCUUCUAGCACAUGCUCUUUGUGCACAACAGCAAGAGAAAACAUUUUACGAGUACAGCAAAAGAUUCCUUUUAGCUUAAAAGUAUUGGACAUCCACAAAGAAGAGUGUCCCAAAGAGUUCCGUGACAAAUACAUAUUUGACGUGCCAGUUUUGCACAUGAAUGACAAAUUUCUCAUGCAACAUCGAGUUCCUGAAGAGUCAUUGAUAGAAGCGAUCAAACUAUUCGAGUCCACUGGCAAAAUCGACCCAAAAUACUAA